AUGAAACAAAAUACAUCUGGAAUUUUACACGGGCCGCAUAUUUCAAUUUCGGAUGCUUCCUGUUUCGAAAAGAUUCCGGAAAUUCCGGUUUAUCGGCCGUCGGAGUCAGAGUUUAGGGAUUUUGCUGCGUGUAUGUCCCUAAUCGAGCGAAUGGGAGCCCAGCACAUGGGUCUCUGCAAGAUCAUCCCGCCAGCCACCUGGUGCCCCCGUCGUGGUGGCUACGAUGACCUUGACUUCACUAUUGAAAAGCCCAUUCUGCAGUUCAGUGCUGGGACUGGUGGAAUUUACCUUCAAGAUGUACGAGCUCAGAAGAGUAUGAGUUUCAAGAAAUUCGAGAAGAUGUCCAACUCAGCGAGGCUUCAGACGCCGACUCAUAAUAGCAUGAAUGAUUUGGAGGAAAUUUACUGGAAUUCAAUCGGAAACCUCCAGCCCAUAUAUGGGGCCAAUGUGAGCGGGAGCUUGACUGAUCCUGAUCAGCCUUCUUGCAACAUUCCCAAACUUCGUUCAACCCUGAGCGAUAUUUUGGCUCAAGAAGAUAUUGAGAUUGGUGGUGUGAAUACUCCAUAUCUCUACUUUGGCGCCUGGGCCACUACCUUUGCCUGGCAUGUAGAGGACAUGGACCUUUAUUCGAUAAAUUAUCUUCACUUUGGUUCACCCAAGCUAUGGUACUGUAUCCCGCCAGCAUUUGCACGAAAAUUCGAGGCGUUUGCUCGAGAGCACUUCAAACCCGAAUUUCUAGCGUGUCACAGCUUUCUUCGUCAUAAGUCCAUAUUGAUCAACCCAAGAGUGUUGGCUGCAGCUGGCAUUCCUACGCGGCGGAUACUGCAACACGAGGGUGAAAUAAUGUGCACCUUCCCCUAUGGCUACCACGCGGGAUUCAAUACAGGUGUCAACUGUGCGGAGUCUACAAACUUCGCUCUUCCGCGUUGGGUAGACUAUGGAAAACACGCAACCAUAUGUAAGUGUUGGGAUGACACUGUGCGGAUAGAAAUGAGUCCCUUCGUUCGUCGAGUCCAACCACAUUUGUUCGAUGUGUGGCAGUGUGGUUUGGACAAAAGUCCUCACCCUCUAGACAUCUACAAACCCCGAAUGCGUGAAGUCGCAACUCUUGUGGAUGCAUUGAUUAAUUCUGAAGACAGGACAGCUUCCUCAAUUUUAUCUCCAGAAGACAGUGUUAUGGUCAGCCUUGGGAAGCGCAUAGCAGAUCUCAACGUCCAGGGCCUAUUUUACGCACAUGGAGAUUUAGCGAAGGCAACCCUACCGUCAUAUCUGAGGCGCAAUCGUAAGCUUCAGGCUCUUUGGUGUGGCUUUAAGAAGGAUUUCAGGGCCAUCGUGCAUUUCAACACCCUCAUCGGCACUCUCGAGCCCUUCUGCUCGAUUUGCGCAUUCUUUUGGCCCCCGUUGGUUGCCAGAAAGGCUCUCACCGAAUCGCAUAAGGGAGAAACCCUACCCGAAUUCAGUGAACCCUACCUCUCUGAGGUCGCCUUCUGUCGGUCGCCCAGUGACUUUCCCCACAUCUGCUUGAACGGAGACCCCGCUAGCCGAGUUUACCAGUGCUGCCGGUGCAAGGUGGUCGUCCACGCGCGUUGUUACGGCAUUGAUGAGGCCCGUGAAAGCAACCGUUUUUCGUGGGUGUGUGAUGCUUGUAAAUCAGACGAUGAAGAACAGCAAUGCGUCCUGUGCCCGAUACGCGGUGGAGCUCUCAAACCUUUGGCUAAUCCCUGUAACUCGAAUGACCACAAGCAGUUUUGGGUUCAUCUGGCGUGUGCGAUUGCGGUGGGGUCACAACAAUGCUGCUUCGUUGAUGUUCGUCUGCGCGAACCUCUGUUACUUGUAUCCCGGAGAUCAAAAUCUACGUCAAAGAGGUCCUUCGAAUCAUCCAGCAGUACUCAAAAUGCAUCACAGCGAACUGGACUACCGCUGAAACCUCCGACACAAUGUCCUGAGACUCGAAGGCGUUCAAUUCGGAACCGUGCGAACAAACCCGAGGUUCGGGAUGCACCACUAACUACCAUCAAUCUUGCAUCUCCAGAGAAACACCUCAGUUUAAAAUCCCCAGAGCACUCCUCGAUCAGGUCGAAGGCCAAACUUGCGCCGUCUCAUGUCAGUCUACCACCGCGAGAUGGAAAACCCGCGAAAUUGGCCAAAGCUCAUGGACUUGGGACACCGCGAUUGACCAUUUCUGGCCGACUCGGCAGUCCGACGUGGUGGAACUCAUCUUUGUCUUGUGCGGGUUCCUCAACACCUCCCAUCCGCUCCAAUUCGGAGUUUGAUGAUGAAGAAUGGGAGUUAGACAAUGCAGGCAAACACUCACGUCUGUCGUCAAAUGCAUCUCGGAAGGAUGAAAGUUGGAAUGAGUCAAAUUCUGCUCUCCAGGAGUCCUUCAUAUUGACACCUCCAGCCUUCAAAGAGGACAAUGGUGUGAAUGUAGCUGCUUCUACUUCAACGGCAGACUCUGCUGGCACAACUACAGCUCCGUCCGAUGCAUUUUAUGAAGACGAAGGAUCGUCGAAGGCGUGUAGCGACGUCAUUGCUGUCGUGGAGGUCAGUGACAGUGAUGAUAGUUGUCAAUUCGUGUUAGAAUCGCGUCACCGGUCGCAGAGGCGGGCGCGUCCCCCAGCGUGGACCACUCGGGAUUACCUUGUCACGAGACCGCGAAAAAUCUCCAAACAAUGUCGAAAGCUUUCAAAUACUUCCCUAUCCCCAACAAAAAAUGCCCCAUCGACAUCAACAGCCAUCCACUCUAUUGAGUGUGGUCGACAACCAUCUCUCAAGGCAAAUGUCAGCGAUCACUGUGAUGAAUGUGGUCUCCCAUCUCCCGGGGGUCCAAACCUUAAUCUCCCAUUGGUUCACUGUUGGCACAACAAUUGUCCCGGUCGCAUCCAUCUAACCUGUGCACAGUUAGGCGGGGUCCUAAUUGCUACUGGACGAUACCCACAUUGCUUCUAUGUCGCAUGUCGUCGCCAUCUAAGUGAAUACCGACAGGUUAGACAUAUUGUUUAUGAACAGGUAGACGAGGAGGUGCCGCUUGAGCCUGGUGACCCGGUAUACGCGCUUUACCCAGGAAACGGUCGCUAUUACAAUGCCGUUGCGGUGGAACUGGCUGCUCCGCGGGUCUGCAAAGUGGUUUUCCAGGACGGGACGUUUUCUCGUGAUACUCCCUCCGACUGCAUAAUUGUUAUGCUGCUCGACGGCCGACGGACCACGUGCACCCUUCCCUUGCCCCACUCAGUCGUGGUAGAAACCAUAGUAGCAACUGUCAUUUUUUUGCAGGGCCAUGAUUGGCGCAGUCUUGGUUCUCCAAAGGUGGGCUCCCAAGUUAAAGUCAAAUGGAAGGAUGGCGUGGAGUAUCCGGCUGUCUUUGAAGGCGCAUCAGUUGACAAGUGGAGUGUAUGCUUGAUUUGUAAAAAAACCGUGGCUCUCUACGGCACUGUCCGCUUCCAAAACGGUCAGACUGUUCGACUGCGGCGUGAUAAAAUCUUCCGUGUCAAUGAACGGAUACCAACACACAUUCGACGACUGAUUAUGCGUUAA